GACACCAUGGCCAAGCUCAUUCUUGUCGCAGGUUUGGCCAUUGUGCUGAAUGCUCAGUUGGGUUCUUCCUACCAGCUGAUGUGCUAUUAUACCAGGUAGGCCAAGGAGCGGCCUGAUGUGGGGAGUUUCACAACUGAUGACAUUGACCCCUGCCUGUGUACUCAUGUGAUCUAUGCCUUUGCUUCGAUGUGGAACAAUGAGAUCACUGCUAUAAGCAUGGAGGACUUGAAGGAGUAUGAAGCUAUAAAUAAUCUGAAAACCAGGAAUAGGGAGCUGAAAACUCUCCUGGCCAUUGGAGGCUCCAAGUUUGGAUCUAUUCGGUUCAGUGACAUGGUGUCCACUGCUCAGAACCAACUGACUUUCAUUAAGUCAGUCAUCAAAUUCCUGCGCCAAAAUCAGUUUGACGGGCUGAACCUGGACUGGCAGUACCCUGGGUAUUAUGGAAGUCCACCUGAGGACAAGAAUCUCUUUACUCUCCUGGUGAAGGAAAUGAGUGUUGCUUUUGAGAAGGAAACCUCAGAGCACCACAAGACCAAGCUGUUAAUCACUGCCACAGUAUCUGGUGUCAUCUCCAUCAUUGAGUCCGUAUACGAGAUCCCUGAACUGACAAAGUACCUUGAUUACUUUCAGGUCAUGACAUAUGAUCUAGAUGGCUAUACUGGUGCAAACAGUCCCCUCUACAAUGAUCCACCUGACCAUGGCAUUAGUGCCUAUCUCAAUGUGGCAGACAUCAUGAACUAUUGGAAAAACCAUGGAGCUGAUCCAGAGAAGCUCAUUGUUGGAUUCCCAGCCUAUGGACACACCUACACUCUGAGUGACCCCUCUAACAAUGGAAUUGGUGCCCCUACCAUUGGUGCUGGCCCUCCAGGGAAAUACACAAAUGAAACAGGACUAUGGGCUUACUAUGAGAUUUGUGACUUCCUGAAUCAUGGAGCCACAGAGAAAUGGUAUGGCCCUCAAAAAGUGCCUUAUGCUUUUAAGAAAACAGACUGGGUUAGCUACGAUAAUCAAGACAGCUUCCGGGUAAAGGCCCACUGGCUCAAGCAGAAUAACUUUGGAGGUGCCAUGAUCUGGCCCCUGGACAUGGAUGACUUCACUGGUUCUUUCUGUAAAAAUUUAAACUUUCCUCUGACCACCACCUUAAAGGACAAUCUCAAUGUCCAGAGUCGAAGUAAGUGA